GUGUGGGAAUUGAAUUUCCUAUUUUUUAAUUUUUGUGGCCCAAGGACCUGAGAAUCUCUCCAAUUACCAAGGAAGGACGACAAAACCCCUUUAGGCAGCCGCACUAUAAAAUCCCCCUUCCAAUCCUCCCUUCAAUCGGCACUGCGAAUGAGCGAAACCGUAAGAAACUCCUCCUCCUUGUAACCCUUUCCUUUUUCUCUGUUCUCUUCUCCGAGGCUCCCUCUGCCUCCAAAUAAUAACAAAUUAAAAAAAAAAAAAACCUUCUUGGUCCUUCUUCCCCUGCUACUUUCCCCUAUAUUAGCUUAGCUAUAUAUAUACAUAUAAGAAUUAUAUAUAUAAAAAUUCUUAUCGAAGGACAAGAUGACGAUCCGCAUUGAGCAAUCCGAUGCCGUCAACAACGCUGCUCCCGCAGUGGUUGUGGAGCAGAAGAACAAAGUCGUCGGAGAAGAGAAGGAGGAAUUGGUGUUGGAUGGUGGGUUUGUGGUGCCGGACAAAGUCGUCUCCAGCCAUGGGUUCGCCGCCCCGGAUAUCAACGCCUUCGGCAAUUCGUUCAGGAACUACAAUGCAGAGAACGAGAGGCAGAAGACGGUGGAGAAUCUGUACAGGGAGCAACACACUACCCAGACCCUUGAUUUCGUGAAGAAGAUGAGGGCAGAGUAUGGGAAGCUGAACAGGGCAGAAAUGAGCAUAUGGGACUGCUGCGAGCUGCUCAACAGCGUGGUGGACGACAGCGACCCGGAUUUGGACGAGCCCCAAAUCCAGCAUCUGCUGCAGUCCGCCGAGGCAAUCCGCAAGGACUACCCUAACGAGGAUUGGCUCCACCUGACCGCCCUUAUCCACGGUAGGGUAGCCCUUGACGAGGAAUGAACACCCUUAACUGUUAGCACCAUGGUCGGGUUUUUUUUCCACUGUAGAACACUUGGUUUAUGGUUUUGUUUGAUUGUUUUGCAGAUCUUGGGAAGAUUCUGCUUCUGCCACAGUUUGGUGGGCUGCCCCAAUGGGCCGUGGUGGGUGACACUUUCCCUCUGGGUUGUGCUUUUGACGAGUCCAAUGUUCACCACAAGUACUUUGCUGAGAAUCCCGACAGCAAGAACCCAAUCUACAGCACCAAGAAUGGAGUUUACAAGGAAGGAUGUGGCCUUGACAGUGUCUACAUGUCGUGGGGCCACGAUGAUUAUAUGUACCUGGUGGCCAAGGAGAACAAGACCACCUUGCCUUCAGCUGCAUUGUUCAUCGUGAGAUACCACUCGUUCUACCCUUUGCACAAGCACGGGGCGUACAAGCACCUGAUGAACAAGCAGGACGAGGAGGAUAUCAAGUGGCUCCACAUCUUCAACAAAUAUGAUUUGUACAGCAAGAGCAAGGUUCAUGUUGAUGUUGCAGCAGUCAAGCCAUACUACCAAUCCCUCAUUGCCAAAUAUUUCCCAGAGAAACUGAGAUGGUGAUUUGGCAACGAGGAAGAGGAAGGAGGUUCAUGUCUUUGGAAGAGAGUAGUGGUGCCCAUGAAAGCUUUUCUCCCUCUUUUGUUUUCUUCUCUUUUUUCCCAAUAUCUCUUGUUGUUAUUUUUCUUUUCUUAAGAGGGCGAGGGGCUUAAAUAUAAUUAGUAAAGCUUUUGUGGUAUGAAUGAAUGUUGGAAGAGAAAGUUUGCUCAUCACUCCCUCUCUUUCAUUAUGUUAUUUUAUUAUUAUAAUAUUAAAAAAGAAAAAAAAAUAUAAAGAAAUGAUCUUCGAAAGAAGUUGUCCUAUUUUAAUUGAGCGGGCUUGCUUACCAAAUUAAGAAGAAGUAUGCUAACUUGGCGGUUGUCAUGUUAGCACCACGGUCCAGUUGGCGGUUGAGCCCAGAUCCAGUUGUUGAAAUAAUAGUAAGCCGAGGCCCAGACAAAGACGGGUUUCCUGAUUUUUACGAUGGGGCAUCAAAACAAGUGAAGU